GAAGCAAACUGCUGAUUUUGGUGCUUUGCUUGAACAUCCAGUCCCAAGUGGAGUCUUGCCCCGGGGCCUGUGUAUGCUACAGUGAACCCAAGAUCACCAUCAGUUGUCAGCAGCAAGGCCUGACAGCAAUCCCCACAGAGAUCCCCAUCCAGAGCCAGCGCAUCUUCCUGCACAACAACAGGAUAACCCUGGUGAGAUCCACCAGCUUCACCUCCUGCCGCAACAUGAGCAUCCUUUGGAUCCACUCCAACAACAUCAGCCUCAUCGAACCUGGAGCCUUCUAUGGGCUCACCAAACUGGAGGAAUUAGAUCUCAGUGACAACAUGAACCUGAAAUCUAUCAACCCUGUGACCUUCAGGGGGCUUGUUCACCUCCACACCUUACACCUGGAUCGUUGUGGGCUCCUGGAGCUCUCCACUGGGCUUUUUCGAGGGUUGUUCUCCUUGCAGUAUCUCUACCUUCAGGAUAAUAAUCUUCAGAUCCUGCUGGAUGACACCUUCAUAGAUCUGGCAAACCUCACCUACUUGUUUUUGCAUGGCAACAAAAUCAAGAGCUUGUCUGAGAACGUCUUUCGUGGGUUGAUCAACCUGGACCGGCUGCUCCUGCACCAGAACAGGGUCAGCCUGGUCCACAGAAGGGCUUUUCAUGACCUUGGGAAGGUGAUGACCUUGUAUCUGUUUAACAACAACCUGACAGUGCUCACAGGGGAGACCAUGGCUCCCUUGGUGUCCCUCCAGUACCUGCGCCUCAAUGGGAACCAGUGGAUCUGUGACUGCCAGGCUAGGUCUCUCUGGAAUUGGUUUAAACAGUUUAAAGGAUCCUCCUCAGAGCUGGAGUGUCACCUUCCCCCUCGUUUGGCAGGGAAAGACCUCAAAAGGCUGCAGAGCUCUGACUUGGAAGGAUGUGUUGACCCCUUCAACCAGAUACGAACAAGUGUUUUUAGCACUAAAACCAGAUCUGGGAAACUCCCAACUGGGCUUCCCCCUCUGGGUUCUCAUGAUGGAUCCUCCAAGUGCUGCCAACCAGAAAUGGAUAAGUCUUUUAUUUAUGAAGCUAAAGGCAAGUCAGGGCCUUCUUCCCACAGCAGUCGCUCAUCCAACAACCACCUCAAGGAGAAGGAGAACAUGUCCAAACCCAAGUACGUUGAGCCAGACCCUUCCAAAAAUGGCAGCAACAAGCAGAUAAAUGAUUCCCCUUUUGGGACCUUCCCCAGCAUUGUAGAGCCUCCAUUGACCAAGUUGAAACCUGAGUUUCUAGAGCCUAUUGAACCUUCCACAGUCCCAACCAAAAAGAGGCAGAGCUGCUCCAAAAAGAACAGGUCAAAGGCUCAGUGCCGCCUCACCCAGCAAGGGAGCAGCAGCUCCACGUUACAGCUCAGCCUAAGCCUUUGCAUCCCUCCCUUGGUGUGGAGCUUACUGUUCUUGUGCUAA